AUGGAGACGUUAAAAAUUUACUCCGACGCGUUGGAAGUAGCGGGAAAGAUGAUCGACAAGCAUGUGGUGAUAGACAACAAUUACCCGUCAUUAAUAAACUUAAUGAGAUACUCAGUGCAAGGUGGUCCCACAGUAAGUGGCCUGGACGACUACGACUACCCGAACCUGAGCAGCAGUGCUCUAAAUAUCAGCAGUCUUAACCAAAUAAAAGUCCACAGCAAAGUGCCUCUGCCUUCCGAAGUAAUGGAGCACUUUAGCCACAUGCAGUGUCACUGCAUGAUGGGGCUGUUCACUGAGAUUUCCAAAGCCUGGUUAACAAUCGACAGUGACAUUUACGUCUGGUCUUACGAGAAUGAGUCAGACGUGGCUUACUUCGACGGAUUAAACGAGACAAUCAUCAGCGUUGGUCUCGUCAAACCUAAGCCCGGAAUAUUCCAAAACUACGUCAAGUACCUUCUGGUGCUGACAACAACUCCAAUUUUCACAGUGACCACCGACGGCGUAGCAAUUACCACAAUAGCAAACACCAACAGCGGUAGAAUAUUCCUCGGUGGUCGCAAUGGAAGUCUCUAUGAGAUCCACUACCAAGCCGAGAGCAGCUGGUUCGGGAAGCGCUGCAAGAAAGUGAACCACUCUGAAGGACCUUUAUCAUUCUUAGUUCCCUCAUUUGUAACAGUGGCUCUCUCAGAAGAGGAAGCGAUAGUCCAAAUCAGCGUAGAUGACUCAAGAAAUAUUUUAUACACUCUCGGAGAUAAAGGAACCAUCACAGUCUGGGACAUUGACGCAGGAGCUUCAAAAAUAACGACUCUCUCCCAGUCUUCUCUCGUCCAGAACACAGUCCACGUGGUCAAGACUCUAGAUAGCAAUAAUUUCCGACCUCUGGUCAGCAUCUCAGCAAUUACCGAGUCCGAGUCAGUCCAUGUUAACUUAGUAGCGGUCGCAGCAACUGGUACCAGGUUCUACUUCACUUGUACAUCAGUAACAAACCCCGGAACUCGUCCUCAAUGCUUGCAGUUAGUUCACGUCCGUUUACCACCAGGCUACGCUGCUAACGCGCCGGUAAUGCGGCCCCGGAAGGUCCAGAUGGCUCAUUACAAAAAAGGAACGCUGAUUUUAGUCUGCGGUGGUGAAGUAGAGACUGCUUGGUGCCUCAGUAAUGACGCUUAUCCUUUUACAAAUUACCUUGCAGAGACUCAGAGCAUUUUACCGUUUGACAGUCCAGCCUGGGCCAUGGCGGAGAUCCCCGGAGAGCCUGCGAUUCACAUUGACAAGCAGGCCAUGCAUGACCCGCCGCUGCUGGUCCGGCAACACAUGGAGCCUCCAAGGAAGUUUAUCUUUUUAACAGCGCAAGGCGCUGUUAUUUUAGUCCAGCUUCGGCCGGUUGAUAUUCUCCGCCAGCUUUUGUUAGAGCAACGCGGGCCUGAUACUGAAUUAGUCAGGGAUUAUUUUCUGAGUCAAAGUCCCGAGCAAGCUUGCGCGACUUGCUUGAUUCUUGCCACUCUGGAGAGCACGCAGAAUGCUCAGUUGUCCGAGUGGGCCACCAGAGCUUUCUUUUUGUACGGCAGUCAGAGAAAUGUUAAUCAGAAUAUGGAUCUUUAUGGAUUUAAUGUCUGUACUUCAACUCCUAGAUUGGGGAAUUUUGAUAUUCUUCCGGGACAUUUUAGGAAUGCAAAUCAAAGCUACCAGCAGGAAUUUUCUGCAAAGCACGAGGGGCUUUAUUUGUACAUCGGAAGGAUUUUAAGGCCAAUUUGGAAUAUCAGGUGCAUUAAAAGCGAGACUUGUAAUAAUAAAACUCAAAUUACAAGCACUGUUUCUUCAAUUCAAGUCGGAUGGAUUUUAGGACAUCUUCAGGCCUUAAGAGCGUUCUUAAAUAAAAAUACUCACAUUUCUAAGCAUCAUAACAACACUUCGAGGAAUAUUACUGAUGGGUUUGAUAAUUCGCUUACUCAGUACCAAGAACCGAUGGUUGAAGAAAGAAAUUCUCUUGAUGCAUUGAAAAUAUUUAUUACACAUGCGUGCGAAGUUCUGGGGCUUUGGAAAAUUCUCUGUGAAAAUCAGCUGCAUAAUAUUGUUAGUUCUUUAUCAAAAGAUCAGGUGAAUCAAUUCUCUACUGCAACUUUCAGGGAUUUAAUAUUAAUUGGUCAUGAAAUUUCUUCUCUGCUAAUUCUCCAUCUUAUAGACAGUUAUCUAGGUGAUAAUGCGUCGAUUGAUACUGUGAGUGCGAAACUUAGGGAAGUUUGCCCGAAUUUGUAUAAAAGUGAAGACGCUGUUUGCUCGAAGGCUAAUGAAAUUAUUCUUAAAGCUAAAAAUUGUACUAACCCGGAGGAAAAAGAAUCUUGUUUGCAGUCAGCUCUUAAAUUAUGUAAAACAGUAGCGCCGAGACUAAAUUUGUCAGCCGUGUGCCAGCAGUUUGUGGCUUGUCAUUUCUACACCGGGGCUCUGGAACUUUGUCUCUGCUGCGCGGAAAAAAGUGAUCCGAAUAAUGCAGCUAUGCAUUAUUAUAAAAAUAAUAAACCUCCGGAGGAUCAAGAAGGGUUCUUGGCGUACUCAAGGCGGCAAGAUAUUUAUAAAGAAAUUACUAUCAUGCUGGAUUGUCUUUAUAAUCAGAGUAUGUCUAAUCCGUUGACUCCGACUCUCCACGAAAUAAUUGACGACGCUCUACACAGUCCCUGCGAGGUUCUCCACGAGUCAGUCUACAACUGGAUGAAAGACAAAGGCCUGGACGGUGAACUAGUAGCACUAGCAGCUCCAUCCCUCGAAGCCUACUUAAUCCGUAAUAACAAUCCCGAACUACUCUGGCAGUUCUACGAAAGAAAUAAGAAUCAUGCUGCGGCAGCUCAAAUUUUGGACUCUUUGGCAACGAAGCCAGACCCAGAAGUACCUUUAGCUCAGCGAGUAAAAUACUUAGCACGCGCUGUGGUCUGCAUGCGCAGCGACCAAGCCGGCUACGCGCCUUAUUUAGGAGUCUUCUUGCGCGAGCUAGAAGACAAAGUCGAGGUAGCUAGGAUUCAACAGCAAAUACUGACCACAAUAACCAACCAACACCGCCUUUACGAUCCAAUGACGGUCAAGGACGCCAAGCUGCGCUUAAAUUCAUCUUUGCUGGACAUCACUCAGCUGUAUGAAGACUACGCAGAUCCUCUGCAGCUCUGGGAGUGCAAGCUGGCAAUUAUUCACUGCUCCGGUCACCAAGACACCAUGCUCGUCCAAGGAAUCUGGAGCAACAUCAUCGACAACGAGCUGAAAAAUUCUUUCUCACUCUCUCCGGAAGACAAGAUCACAGUUGUGAUGAGCAAGAUUAAAAUUCUGGGUCAGGAAUAUUCAGGAACUCCAAAUUGUUUUCCUCUGGACUAUUUAAUUAAAGAAUUAGAAAUUCGAGCUUGCAGGCUCCAAGUUUCUAACACUGAGAUCAUCACCGGGUUCUUGCAGCUGGGUGUUGCUGUUGAAGACCUCAUGGAGAUCUACGACAAAUUAAACACCGGAAAUAACCGGAUUUGGUUGAACGAAGGCAACGAGUUUCAUUUAAUUGACUCCACUGCUAAUCUUGUGACUUAUUUCACAACUAAUACCAAUAUUGGAAACAGUUUUGUACGCAGAAAAGUUAUUACCAAGUGCCAGGACAUUAUUUCUAAAUGUCUCACUACUCUCUUCAGUAAACCUAACAGUGAUGAAUUAAUUUCAAGACUUAGGUCCAUUCAAAGUGUUCUUAAUAGAUUGUAA